GUCGGAAAACUCUACGGAAAGGCGUAUUUUUCAGAACACUCGGUGGAAAAAUCUGAAAAAGUAAAGAUGGCUCUAAAGCUACUGGUCGGACAAAAGAUUAUGAACGAGGUCGUUCGCAGCAAGACGAAAUCUGACGGCAAACCUGGAACCGAAUGGCGGAUCUUGAUCGUCGACCAGCUGGCGAUGCGUAUGGUUUCAGCAUGCACCAAGAUGCACGAAAUCAGCGCGGAGGGAAUCACUCUGGUGGAAGACAUCCAUAAGAAGCGUGAACCAUUGCCAGCCAUCGAAGCAGUCUACUUGAUCACGCCCUCCGAAGACUCGAUCCGUCUGUUGAUGCGGGAUUUUGAAAAUCCUGCCAAACCAACAUAUAAAGCUGCCCAUGUGUUCUUCACGGAAGUAUGUCCGGAGGAGCUGUUCAAUGACAUCUGCAAAUCCGUCGUUUCGCGUAAAAUCAAAACAUUGAAGGAAAUUAACAUCGCUUUUCUGCCCUACGAGUCGCAGGUCUAUUCGCUGGAUUCACCAGUUACCUUCCAGUGUGCUUACUCGCCGGCUCUAGCUUCAGCACGUAGUGGCAACAUGGAACGUAUCGCCGAACAGAUCGCGACUCUGUGUGCUACUCUGGGGGAGUAUCCUUCCGUUCGCUACCGUAGCGAAUGGGAUGGUAAUGUGGAGCUGGCACAGAUGGUACAGCAGAAACUGGAUGCAUACAAGGCUGAUGAGCCAACAAUGGGUGAAGGUCCAGAGAAGGCCCGUUCUCAGUUGCUCAUCCUAGAUCGAGGUUUCGACUGUGUUUCACCGCUCUUGCACGAGCUAACGUUGCAGGCGAUGGCGUACGAUCUGCUGCCGAUCGUGAACGAUGUGUUCAAGUUCAUACCGUCUCCGAAUGCGGCUGAAAAGGAGGUACUGCUAGACGAGAACGAUGAUUUGUGGGUCGAUUUGCGCCACCAGCAUAUUGCUGUAGUAUCGCAAAGCGUUACGCAGUACUUAAAGUCAUUCACUGAAUCAAAGAAAUUGACGCAGAGUGAAAAGCAGUCGAUGAAGGAUUUGUCGCAAAUGAUCAAGAAGAUGCCUCAAUAUCAGAAGCAGCUGUCGAAGUACUCUACUCAUCUGCAUUUGGCCGAGGACUGCAUGAAAUCGUAUCAGGGAUACGUAGAUAAGCUGUGUCGCGUCGAGCAAGAUUUGGCCAUGGGUACUGAUGCCGAGGGCGAAAAGAUCAAGGACCAUAUGCGUAACAUCGUCCCGAUUCUCUUGGAUCAAAACGUGUCUAACUACGAUAAGGUGCGAAUCAUUGCGUUGUACGUGAUGAUUAAGAAUGGUAUCUCGGAGGAAAAUUUGACAAAGCUUGUUACACACGCUCAGAUUGAUCAAAAGGAACGUGAAAUGAUCAACAAUUUGACGCACUUGGGCAUCAAUGUUAUUGCUGACGGUAAUCGCAAGAAACCAUAUACUGUACCGAGAAAGGAACGUAUUAAUGAGCACACGUACCAAAUGUCACGAUGGACGCCAGUCAUCAAGGACAUCAUGGAGGAUUCAAUCGACAAUAAGCUAGAUGAACGUCAUUUCCCCUUCCUCGGAGGCAGAAAGAUGGCUGGAUUCCAUGCACCGACGGGAAGUGCCCGUUACGGUCACUGGCACAAGGAUAAGUCGCAGACGGCCGUGAAAAAUGUACCAAGAUUGAUUGUGUUCGUCGUUGGCGGAUGCAGCUAUUCGGAAAUCCGUUGCGCCUAUGAAGUAACAGCUGCAGUGAAGAAUUGGGAAGUGUACAUUGGUUCGUCCCACAUCCUCACGCCCGAGACCUUCCUUAGCGAUCUGGGAUCGCUCAAUAAGGAAUAAGCAGUGUUUGCUGUUACGCGAUACGCUCCCGUUCGAAGAUCGCUCGGCGAGGAUCCGCAUUUUUUGUUCUCCUUGUUUGUGAUCCUGUUCGAUGCGAUAUUAUCUUCCCAAAUUUGACAACCGAUAAACCACUUCAAGAAUGGCAUAGCUUAGUAAAAACGUAAGAAAUCUAUUACGAACAAUUAGUAGCAUCAUUCCUUCUCACAACUUAAAAGCUACAUGAAAGAGAAUGUGUGCUCGAACACCAAAGUCAUGCUUCUUCUUAGCAGGAGAAGUCUUCCUCUUUGAAUGAUACAACGCUUGGAGUAGAUCAUUACAAGGCAAACACCGCAAGGUACAAGAGCGAUGGAAUUUGAUUUAAGUAAAUUCUUUGCUUAACUCAAGACCUACGAUUUGCUGAUUCGAUAGAUCAAACAUCACAGAUUACAUAGCUGCAUUGUGUCAUUGGGGGCAUUUCGCUAUCUAUAUAAAUGUUUCUUGGUUGUUUUUUAUUUAUAAAUGUUGCUAUUUAAAAUGUAAUGUUACUUAUUGUAGAUAUUGUUUUAGUGCUUUAAAACAUCCAUUAGCGGCAAAUGUAUUGCCAGAUUUGAAUUUAUGUUGUAUUCCAAAGUUUAUCAAACAUUCCUAUUGCAACCGUAAGCCAAAGAUUGCAGUGGGUGAUGAAUUACAUCGUUGGAUGCUAGCUGUGUCUAUUUAAUUGCCAGUAGAAAAGGAUUAUCAGAAAAGUUUGCGUGAGAGUAGGGAUAACCUGGCAUUGAAUUAGUUUGAUCAACCGUGCAGGAUGUGAAGUUCCUGUUCGAGCAUUUUUACUAUGGGUUUGAGUUUGGUUACUUGCAAGUAUUAUUAUGUAAAAACAUAAGCAUCAUAAGCAAUGGAAAAUGAAAUGUAUUAUUCAUGGUGGAUUGAACACGCAAAGGUCAUGAAGUUGGGCAGGGCAGGAGAUGCAAAGAAAAAUGAGAUGAAUAUUUGAUGAGUGCAGUCACAUUAUAGAAUAAAUUUACACAUCUAAAACGAACACAAGCGAUCAAAGAAAAACACAAACAAGCUCCCCAGAACAAGAAACAAAUCAAACCGCAUAUACAUAAAUAUAAAUAUAAACUUAACGAAAUGCAUAUAUAACAAUAUAUAUCAUAGAGUUAAUAACAGAGAGAUGAGAAGAAACACACGAAAUUUCCUCUAAAUUAUGAAUUAGUUUUAAUGAGGAAGAAAAAGUAAAAUGGAUGCUAAUGCCACUACAAACGCUAGUGUAUCGCAUUUGGUAGUGGAGUCAUCAAAUAAACAAAGAUGCAACGAUCAUGGGAGCGUCUCACCUCAUGGAAGGGCGUGGGAUAGUAGUUGGACAAACCAACGAAACCUAGCCCUGAUGAAAUCGCUACCGCGACAAUGUCGAUUGCUGCAGAACGCUUUGCCCAGCUUAAGCUAACAACAACCAUGUCACAGCGCUGCUGAGAUGAUGGCAGAAUGAAAACGAAGAAGGUAACAACAAUCGCUGCUUAACAGUUACGAUAAAAACGUUAUUGUGGCUAUUCGAAAACAAAGUAUGCGAAUGUUGAACGAACAAACCACUUGAAUAAAUAAUACAAAUUAAGGACAUUUUAAAUUUACUCCUAAUACCAUCUUCUUCUAGCUGUGUUUCAUUCUUCUUCAGAUAGACAAACAAUAAGUACCCGUAAGCGUAACGUGUCGAGAGCAUUGUAUAAUAACAGACAAAGUUGAUCAGAACUAAAAAUUGUUGAGAUAAAGAAACAAAAAAGAUGUAUUUAUCCUUUUUGGCAAGUUGCACUGGCAAUUGACAGGAUUAGAUUCAUUCCGAAAAUACACGGAGAACUCAUUCAGGAAGCAAAUAGCAACACUAUCCGCUUAUCAACGCCAUAGCAACAGAAACACGCGAGGGCUCCUCAUUCGAAGGCAACCAUUUUCGUCGAGAGUUCAAUUACUAGCAUCGUAACGUACAUUCGAUAACAAGAUGAAUGGUGAAAAUCAGAAGAUAAACCAGAGCAUACACACCAACAGCCAAGCUGUGCACGUAGAUAAUAUAUCAUCAAAAGAAGGCGAUUGGAACAGAAAUGGUUUUGAAAAACCACGGCCGUUACAUCUGUUUCUUCUUUACCUUUUGAAACUUUCCUGGUAGGGUGAAGCACAUCCACUGUGAGGCUCCAGACAGACCGUGCGUGCACGUACGGCUAAGCAACAAAACCCCACCAAAGAAGCGUAAACUUAGCCAACCAAGUUGUCACAGUUUCUUCUCCAAUCUUCUCCCUACACUUGCAGUACGCACUAGCCAAACGAACGUAGGAGCAAUAGAAUGAGGCACAUUUUCGAAGAAGAUCUUUGUAGAGAGCGGUAAAAAAGCAACUUAUUAGUUUUGUUAAACGGCUUUGCAGCAUGUUUGAGAGCGUGUUCGGCUUGUUCCAAUUUAUCUCAUGUGUUUUGGUAUCCAGUUUUCGGCUUCUACAUGCCUGUGUAGACCGAACGAGUUUGCUCCAGUUUCAAAUGCAUAGACGAUUAUAUCAAUAAAACCACUUAUUCAAAAAGAAC